GCCCCGCCCGGCGCUGCCACAUCCUCCGCUGACAUCAGCCCGCGCCGCCAUAUUGAGCCGCCGCCGCCGCCGCCAGCGCGGCCGCCCCGGAACCGGCCCGCUCCCCAUGACUGCCCCCGGCCGGGGCGCGUAGGGCGGAGCGGCUCCAGCCCGGCCCGUCCCCUCCCCGAGCCGCCGCCGAGCCCCGCUGUCUCCCCGCCACCAUGACUUCCCUGACCCAGCGCAGCUCCGGGCUGGUGCAGCGCCGGACCGAGGCCUCCCGCAGCGCCGCCGCCGCCGAUAAGGAGCGGGGCGCCGGCGGCGGCCCCGAGGAUGAAGGGCGCCGGGACGAGUCCGGCGACGACGAGAAGGGCGAUUCCAAGGAAACGCGGCUCACCCUCAUGGAGGAGGUGCUGCUGCUGGGCCUCAAGGACCGUGAGGGUUACACAUCGUUCUGGAAUGAUUGCAUCUCCUCGGGAUUGCGUGGCUGUAUGUUAAUUGAAUUGGCAUUGCGGGGGCGUCUCCAGCUGGAGGCCUGUGGAAUGAGGCGCAAAAGUCUGCUAACAAGAAAGGUGAUUUGCAAGUCAGAUGCUCCUACAGGGGAUGUUCUGCUUGAUGAAGCUCUGAAACACAUAAAAGAGACCCAGCCUCCUGAAACAGUACAAAAUUGGAUUGAACUGCUUAGUGGUGAAACAUGGAACCCACUGAAGUUGCACUACCAACUACGAAAUGUCCGUGAGCGGUUAGCUAAAAAUCUAGUGGAAAAAGGUGUACUGACAACAGAGAAACAGAACUUCCUUCUUUUUGACAUGACUACACACCCUCUCACCAACAACAACAUCAAACAGCGCCUCAUCAAGAAGGUUCAGGAGGCGGUUCUUGACAAGUGGGUGAACGACCCCCACCGCAUGGACAAGCGCUUGCUGGCGCUCGUGUAUUUAGCCCACGCCUCAGACGUCCUGGAGAACGCUUUUGCCCCCCUCCUGGAUGAGCAGUAUGAUUUAGCCACAAAGAGAGUGCGGCAGCUCCUGGAUUUAGACCCUGAGGUUGAAUGUAUGAAAACCAACACAAAUGAGGUUCUGUGGGCUGUUGUAGCAGCUUUCACAAAGUAACUGCAUUCAGACUGAAGUGUUCUCUCUUCUUUCAUGUAAACCAGUUUUUUCUCUUUUAUUGACUAUUCAUGUUUUCUGUAAUUUGUACUUUCUCACAUGAUGAAUCGGCUUUUGUUUAAUGGGAAUUAUAAGUGGUGUAUUCCCUACUUCUCUAUCUGUAGACAGGAUUCUGCUGGUACAAGAGACUUUCCUGUUUAAAACAACAGAAGAAGGGUGAACUGCCAUAUUGGCAUUCCAUUUCCUAUUCAGUUUGAGUUACCUUAAAUACUUUGUUUAAUUUUUCACCUCAUUGUUACUGAAGUGGUUUGUCACCAAAGCUCCAUGUUGAAGUGUCUGUCAGGACAUUUUGUACACAGAUAUUUUCAAUUACAUAUAACAAAAUUACUUAAAAAGCAGAAAUGCCAUUAAGCAGCUUUGUCAAUAGUUCCUGUAAAAUGCCCCAUACAUUUUAAUUUUCAUGCAGGUCUCUUGUGUACUUAUAUUUUCAUUAGAAUGAUAGCUGAGUCAUAAGGCUAGUAUAGAAAGGUCCAAUUGUUUCAUAAACCAGUUUUGGGAGGGGAUACAUUCCAUUAUAUUGUGUAUAUAUAGUUCAAAUUGUAUAUUAACAACUGCCCCGUCUUAGUAUUUUGCAAGAUCUACUUACUUGUACACCUGGUGCCCCUUAUUUGCUGUCAGCCAUUGCCAUCUGAUACAAAGAAAGGCCUCCUGCAGAGGUCCUGUGUGUGAAAGCUGUUUGUUUCCAGAGUCUCUGGAGUUUGCCAUCCGGGUAUUCUCAGUCUAUGCAUUGCCUUUGAAAAUUAGUGAUUGGAAAGAGACUGCUUUCUAUCAUUGGUACUUUUUUUUCUUUCCCUCCACUUCUGUAUGGAAAAGACUCAUGACCAGUACAAUUCUUGAGUGCAGUUUUUGGUUCUGUACACAAAUUAAUGUUUGUCUCAUAAACCUUAAACUACUUUACACUGCAAAAACAAAAAGUCAGUCCUAGCAGGUGUUGCAUGUAAAUGGUUAGCAAGUAAUGGCAGCAGUUCAGAGAAUUCAAAUUUCUGUAAUGGGAUGCUCUGCUAUAUUUUAAUUUUUAUAUAUACAAUUAUGCUGAUUAGCACACUAUUGUAAAAAAACCCAAAACUUAUAUAAACCCUGGCUUUUUAAAAUUUAUUGCCUCUUUGCCACUGCUUGUUAUUUCCCAAUGGUUUCACAGUGUAAAUAUUAUGCAUUGAAAAAAUUAAACAUUGAUUUCUAUACUUUUUUCAUCAUACCAAUGCAGAUUUAUAGUGGGGCUUGCAGGUGUUUAGAAACCUUUUGGUUAAUAUUCAGAACCAGAAUACUAGAUGGUGUAUAACUGUAGAGUUGAAAUUUAAGAGAUCCCUUAAUCUGUAUACUAGCUUUUUACCUACAGUAAAUAAACUAUGAUCUUGAAAGUGCCUGAAACAGAGUAAGCAUGUCACUUAUAUCUUUUUGUUGCUAAUUAGAAAGGUUUUAUUGCCUAACUGAAAGCUUUAGUUUAUAUCCUUCUUAUUGGAAAGGGAGAAUUUAUAUUAAGUAGUUCAAACUGACUUAAUCAGUGGUGUUGCUUGGAUCUGCAGGAUUCAUUGCUGGGACAGGCUGAAUUAAUUUGGGGAGUGUGCAACUGUGCCUGCCCUAGGUAGACCUCUUCAGUCUUGAGCACAGCUCUACAGCCUCAUCUGUGACUGGACUUCCAAUUUUUGCACUUCAUUUGCAAUCAUUGAGAUGCUUAAGUAGUUGACUUUAAAAUACAACUUAAAUUCAUUAUACCUCUAUAACCUUUUUUAAGAAAGGUUUUUAAAAAUAUGGUCCUUGACAUUUAAUGGCACGCUGUUCUUUCAGUUCUUAAUGCUAUUUCUUUAGACAAAUGAAAUUAAAAGUAUAUUGUAUUUCAAACUCUGGUUUACAAAUAAAAAGACAAACAGUGUUCUCUCACUUGUAAGAUGCUGUGUUGAAAACUUUGAGUGGCUUGGGCAUGAACUUGGAACAUCGUCUUUUAAACAUUUCAACCUGUGGUUGCUUUUAAGUGGAAGGAAAAUGAAAAUUGCUGUGUUGCUCUUAUAUUUGACAGCUUAUGGAAUACUUUCUGUAUACUUGGUAGUAGAUGCAGCUCACAGCUUUCAUUGUCUCUCAUGUGAUCUGUUUUCUCAUUUUCUGUUGCUCUUUGAGAGAAGGAAAAAGUAAUUAGGCAGAAGGGUCAGAAAAAUGGUGGAGUAUGCAGGAGCAAGUUAUGUGUACAAAGCUUUUUAAAUGGCUUUGAAAAUCUAAGCUACUUGAAGCAUGCUUCAGACUGAAAGUAACUUUCACAGUCCUUUUUCUGGCCUCUCCAUUCUGUGAGUAUUUUCCAUUUCCCUGGUGGUUUCAUGUUUGGUUGGGGGGGAUAUGGGAGUUUUAUCACCCUUAUGGUCUACAUGGUUUAGAAUAAAUCUAUGGUUUAGAAUCCUUUUUUAAUCCCCCCCUUGAAAGAUGAUUUGGUUUGGGUUUUUUGUUGGGUUUUUUUUUUCACAAAGAGGAUAACUGCACACAGUAUUUAUCAGCUUUAUUUUGCUUAGAUAGGACUUCUGACCACGAUGGGGAGAGUCUGUGCUGGACACGUCAAAGAAAUUGGAUAAGUGAGGAAGGGUUUGGGAAGAGCAACAGUGUCUUUUGCUGGACCACCUGGUGUAAAUCUGGAUGUGCAGGGGAAAUAGAUGAGCUUUUGGAGUCCUGAGUCCUAAAAUUGUGCUUCAGAAAGCCCAAAAGCUCCAGGAAGGUAAGUUUGGUAGGUUAACAGGAACUGAUUUGGCUGAUGUCGUUGCCUUUGUUGCUAUUUCAGGUUUUAAAAAAAUGGUUAAACAUGGGAGACUGUGUUGGUGAGAUUCAGGUACCCUUCUACCUGUGGGCUGCUACUGCAGCUCAUGGAGACCUACCUGGUUUCCAGACAGUUGUGUCUGCUCCAAACCCUCAACUCUCAGUGGCUGCUUCAAGUGAAGACUCUUAUCCAAAGCCUGAACUUGAACAUGUGCCUCAAGGAACAGCAUGUAUUAUUCAGGGACACAUUCUUUUAAAACAAACUUUCAAGUCAAAACCAGGAUUUUGAAAGUUAAAUCACCAAGCAGUGUAUAUAUAUACACAUACACACACACACACAUUUUCACAGUCCUUGAGAUUGAUAUCGUCCUCUCCUGUGUUUCUAGAGCUGGCAUUACAGUUACAUGGACUGGUAGUGAAACGUGUACCAUAAAUGAUGCUUUUGAGGCAAAAUUUGCAUAAGUGGCGGUAAAAGGCUGCUGACUGUGUGCUCGUGUGUUCAUGCCCAUUUUUCCUACAAGGUGAAGAUAUGUAUUAACUGAUGUGUUCUCUGUGAACUGGACUGAAUCUGUACUGUAACAAAAUAAAGCACUCUUUCAUGUUA